AUGGAUGCCCCGCAGUCGCACCACAUGGUACCAGGACCGACGGCAGCCCCAGAAACCCCUUCAACUCGCAACACCGCCACUGGCUGCAAUAGCAAAGUUGUGAGCAACAGCAGCGUCAGCAGCGGCGCAAGCAGCAGCGGGGCCAUCCACAUAAGGCCCGCGGAGUUGGUCGAUUACUGGCCCGCUGCGGACCUCCACUGUCGUGUCUUCAACGCUGCCGGAGAUGUUGGAGGGGAUGAUGAUGUGUUCAAGGAUCUCUCCCUCCUCGUGGACCGCAUCAUGGCGUUACAGAUUAACGACAAGUUGGCGCGGGAAGGGGGGGGAAACUCUGUGCUGCUGCUGGCCUUCGAGGGGGGCGCCCCCAGCACUCCGGAGCAAGCUGCAGCGGCGGAGGCGGUUUUCAGCGCGGCUCAGGCUCGCGCUCAGGCAGCUCAAAUGACCCGUGGGUCACCCCUGAAUGCGUCCUUCCCCCAGCCCAUGUGGUGGCUGGGCAGGGCCCUUGCGCCCGGGGUCAGACCUGGGGUGGGCGUAUCGGCGCAGUCCAUACGGCUGGUGGGAGUGGCGGCGGUGGACUCGUUCGGGGACCUGGUGCCUCCCCGGGAGCUCAACUGGCGGACGGACGGACAAAUGGGAUGGUACCGCAGGGAAGGUUACGCCUAUGUGAGCAACGUGGCGGUGGCCCCGGCCGCCCGGCGGCGAGGUGUAGCUCGGGGGCUAAUGGCGGCGGCUGAGGGGAUGGCGGCGGAGUGGGGCUGUCGGGCGGUGGGACUGCAUUGCAACCCUAAGAAGAGAGAGCCCUGGGCAUUGUACCGCAGCCUUGGCUACCGUGACAGCGGCGUGGUGGAGCCGGCCUUCAUGCCGUACCUUCAGGGUCGUCCACCUGACAGGCGCCGGGGCGCUAUAAGGCCACCAUAUGGCGCAGAGGGCGAUUGUGUGGGUGCGACCACUCCGCAGCCCCUCCAUCCGGGGAUGGCGCUGCAUUGAAUACACCACGAAGGGCUCUCAGGUCCCGCUAGAGCGAGUCCACAAGUCUCAGCUAGGGCAAAGUCAAAGGCUCUCUGAAACAACCCCACAAAACACCACCAACGAAAACGGGAUUCGAGGGGAAAAUAAACAAACAAACAAAAAUUCGGUUAGGGCAGUCCCGGCAGGGGAGGGCUCCUGAUAUACCUAACAGGCCAACAAAAAACCUCCAAGAGAGAAAGGCUAAGAGAGCUCGACACCACAAGACGUCUUGCAACCACCUUAAAACAACUGACCUCCACCACCUGUCCCUUCCUGGGCUGGUCCAGGGGAGAAGUAGCCUUAUAAAGAAAAGGGAUCCCGCACAAGCCUGAUCACCACUGCAGGGGCCCGGGAUAGUCCGGCGAAACGACCAAAGCGUUAGCGUUGCCACGACACACAGCUCCUAGACCCUCCAGAAAACCGCAGGGGGAGGAUUGUAGCCCGCGCGGCGCCUCCCCCUUACCGCCACUAACCUGAACGGGCGGUCCUCCAGAAACCUAUUCACCCUGUCUCGUACUGCACCGCUCUCACCUUCGUCCCUCACCAAGCAACCCAGUCCCACAGAGAAGACGUGUCUAGAUAGAAUGGCCCUCCUCGGGCCACACCUCCCCCUCAUCCGAGCCCCGCUACCACCACCAGACCUCAACCUCCCAAACACCAGAAAACCUACGUCCUUUUGGCGCUCUCACCGCCAUCUCCCCCCUCCCCUGUCCGAGCGACCCCACCUCCCCCCGGCUCUCCAGCACCCUACAACCUCGGAGUGGCACUAGGGAAGAAAAAGGGUUCUUCCCUGCACGACGUGACCGCCUCCAUUCCCCGUCCUUCUCCUCUCCCUCUCCCGUCUCGGGGUUCCCUCUCACCUAUUCCCUUGUCCUCCAACCCCCAUCCCCCUCGAACUCCUAUACCCCCCCGAGCCCUGCCCUACAAACUAAGCUCAAAGCGCUCUUAGGCAAUAAUU